UUGAUGAAACUUUUAACAGAAAUAUAAAGUUACCGAGUCAGGUUAUAAUGGAAGAGAAUUCUGAGCGUGGUUCCAUCACACAGAUAACUUUUAUGAGUGAUACGGAGUAUGAUAUUAAUACACAGGUCUGUGUCCUUUACAAAUACGGCUACAUCUCCAUCUGGACAAUCGUCAAAAACCAACAAACCACUCUCAAUCAACUAAAUUUAUCAAAAGACUCCUCUGGCCUAUCUCUACAAAGCAACGUCCGUCUAUUCAACAGCCACACGUUGAAAAUAAAACCGUUGAAGAGCAAUAAAUUGGAACAGUUAUUAGAAAACCAAGAACCACUUUUCAAUGAUACAAAUAAAAAGGACUUCAACAAUAUGUUGAAUGAUUCGAAUAUGGAUUUGGAGUAUUGUAAUAUGUGUUUAGAUGCCACUGAUCCUCGACUUGUUUAUGUCUUUGCAAAACAUUCACAGUAUGUUGUUGCUUGUAAUGUCAGUUGGGAUGAUCGAUUUCAGUAUUAUUCUUUCGAUAAUGAUACUCCCCUUCAUCUAUGCUCAAACCCCAACAAACAACCCUGGUUCUCGCUCCUAUGCACAGAGAACAUUUUCAUAUUCAAAAAAUUCCAUCCAAAGCCCAUAAUCAAAAUUACAAUGUCUACAAAUUUACACCAAAGUCGACCAAAACCGAAUGAAUGUUACAUAAAAAGCUCUCCGAGCCAUCCUGGACUUUUGUUUUCCAUAAAAAAUACACAUUUGUGGAUAUUGGAUGUAGUGAAACAAGAAAUUGUGUGCGAAGGUGAUUUUAAAGAGAAAAUUAAGGAUGUUGAGAUGUGUCGGAGGAUGGACAGGGAUUAUCUGAUAAUAUCCCUUAAGAAUCGCAUAGAAGUUCACAAAAUAUCAAAGAAAUAUCGUUUAAACACUUCAGACGACAUUAUUAAGUACCAAGAAGAGUUGUCGGAUUUUAUAAAAUUGUUUUAA